AUGGAAAGAGUUUUGUGCAACACCCAUGGCAGCUUGUGCAUGUUGAAAACCGGCAUGAAAGAGGGACCGAAUAAGGGCAAAAGCUUCUAUGUUUGUACUGACAAGCGAGGUUGUGAUUUCUCCCAAGUGGCAAGCGUCCCACCAUCCCACUGCCUCCAUCAUGAAGACUCCAUGGUGGAGCUCCAAGCUCUCACCUACAAUCAGCAACAGCAGAUAUGUAGGUUGUUCUUCCGCUGUGUUGUUGGGAAGACGGCAGGCCAGAGGUGGUGUGGAAGUGUGCCCUACACUGGACCAGAGAAGGAGAAGCGGAACCCUCUUGCUGACAGACAGCUACAGCCCUCCUGUCUGCCACCAGUCCGAAACCCUUUCAAAGUUCCCAGCAAUACAGACAAGGAUUCUGGAUUGAGGAAAAUGCUAAACAGCGGAAGUGGGGAGAAUGGAAGAGACAGAAACACUGAGAGAAAAGGAGAGAAGAAGGACAGACAGAUGAGUCUGACAGAUGGACGUAAAGAGAGUCACCCAACAGGAAAUGUUGGUGGUAAAAAUGCAUUGGAGGAGGAAGCAAAGUCAAACCUGUCUGAUUCAUAUCGAGAUAAACAACAACAAACACUGGGGGUGACAAUUAAGAAGAGCGUUUCAGAUAAAAAAAUAAAUAAUCCCCAAACUGACAGGGAAAAAAAGAUAGUGGAUGAGCCAAAAGUUCCAACCAGCCACGAAGAUGGAAGCGAGGUUAAGAAUAAAAAUUCUGCCUCCAGUGUUUUAUCCAUGCAUGCUGACCAAACUCCAAAUACCUCAAAGAGUUCUCAAAGAAAUUCGCCUCAUCAAACAUCUGGCACUCUUGAAAGUACUGGGACACGUUCUGGAAAAGAUGUCAACCUGGAGGGGAAGGAGACCACGCCUGCCCUCACAACCCAAGGCACCACACACACUAUCACAAACACUAAUCAUGCCAAGAAUAUCCCUAAAUGUAACAAAUCAGCACAACCUUGCUUCUCUCAAUCCAAAGAACACCAAGAUGCACCCAAAUAUGAAAAUCAAUGCGACAAACCUUUUAUAACCCAGGAGAAGUCUAAAGAACCUAUCAUGACCACCCAGUUUAGAGAUGAUGAUGAUGAUGAUGAAGAUGAUGAUAAUAUCCAGCUGGUGUCAGUGAAGCCAGGAACUAGGAAGACUCCCUCUGUGGCUCCAGCCCAGAAGAAGACCCUUACCUCCUUCCCAGGGUUCCAGCUUGCCUCCCAGAUGAAACGUCAGCAGGAAGACCUUAAAGGGCUACACAGUCUGCUCUCUGCCCAGCUCAAACAAAAAAAGACCACUCUGUCGGUGGUAAAUGUGUCUGCGCUGCCUGAUAAAGGAGAGAGGCUGAAGACUCAAGUCAAAGAGCUGGAGGAUGCCCUGGAGUCUCUGAGCCUCACUGUAGCUUCAGAAUCUGAGUCCCAAGAUGGAGACAGUGGUGGUGGUGAUUCCAAAUCAAUGCCCAGUCAAAUGAACCCGUUCCAACAUCAGAGGUGUACCAUCUUGCUGCCUGCCCCACCAGCCCCAAGCCCUCACCAGUACCAGGCUUCAGGCAGCUCCCUGGGCCUUCAACUCAGCCAGGGGUUCACCCAGAUGUAUGGAGCAAAGUCCCAGGCCCAGACGUUCUAUGGCAGUCGGAUGACAGAAAAUCGUCUGUUAGCCAUAGAAAAUCCCACAUGUGAGGCUACCAACCAUCUCUAUCGCUCACUGGAGUCCUGCCCGGGUCCCGACACUGAGGCCCCCAACCCAAAAGGCAUCAUGGUGGACCUCCUACCCCACCAGAAGAAAGCUUUGGCCUGGCUGCUUUGGAGAGAAACCCAGGAACCAUGUGGAGGAAUUCUGGCGGAUGACAUGGGCCUGGGGAAGACCUUGACCAUGAUUGCUCUGAUCCUUGCCCAGAGGAAGAAAGAUGAGAAAAAGGAAGACAAGAUGCUGGAUAGUUGGCUGUCCAAGAACGACUGCAGCCUGGUGGGUUCUAAGGGCACUCUAAUCAUUUGCCCCGCCUCCCUGAUCCACCAUUGGAAAAAGGAGAUUGACAGACACGUCAAGAGAGGCCAGCUUAGUGUGUACCUCUACCAUGGACCCAACCGCCAAAAGAGCACGAAAGUGCUGGCUAGUCAUGAUGUGGUGGUGACCACAUACAGUUUGGUCUGCAAGGAGGUCCCCAUCCAGAAAGAGGAUGCAGAGAAGCCCAGCAAGGAUGCAGAUGAUGUGCCGUCGCACUCAAUUCCCCUUUUCCAUGUGACUUGGGCCCGUGUGGUUCUGGACGAGGCCCAUAACAUCAAGAACCCAAAGGUGCAGACCUCCAUAGCUGUGUGCCAGCUCAGAGCCCAGGCCCGCUGGGCUGUCACUGGUACACCCAUCCAGAAUAACCUGCUGGACAUGUACUCAUUACUAAAGUUUCUGCAUUGUUCUCCAUUUGAUGACUACAAACUGUGGAAGGCUCAAGUUGACAACGGCUCUAAGAGGGGAGGGGAAAGACUUAACAUACUGACCAGGAGUCUGCUGCUCCGACGUACCAAAGACCAGCUAGACUCCUCUGGAGCGCCACUGGUGUCUCUUCCUAAUCGCACCUGUGAGUUACACCAUCUAAGAUUGUCCAAGGAUGAGCAGGCCGUGUAUGAUGUCAUCUUCGCACAGUCCAGAUCUACUCUACAGAACUACUUGAGGAGACAUGAGGGAAAUGAUCUGAAAAAGGAAAACACAUCUACCGCCAAUCCCUUUGAAAGAGUCGCCACUGAAUUCGGUAUGUCCCAAGCACACAUUGCUAUGUCCUCCCAGAGACCGCAGCAGGCUACCAGCACGGUCCACAUCUUGUCAUUGCUGCUGCGCCUCAGACAAUGCUGCUCUCACCUGUCCCUGCUUAAGAAAACCCUGGACCAGUCGGAGCUGCAGGGCGAUGGGAUCAUCUUGACACUGGAGGAGCAGCUCAGCGCUCUAUCCCUCUCGUCAGGCUCCUCCUCAUCAGGCCCAGACCCCAAAGACACUGUGUCCCUCAAUGGGAGGCAAUUCACCUCACAGCUCUUCAAGGAUACCUGUGAGAGCACCAAGAUAUCUGCCAUCAUCUCAGAACUUAAUUCCAUCACACAGAAGGGUGAAGAUCAAAAAAGUGUAAUUGUGUCCCAAUGGACCAGCAUGCUCCGCAUUGUGGCGGUCCAUCUGCGUGUGAUAGGCCUGAGGUACGCAAUCAUCGAUGGGACGGUCAACCCCAAACUCCGCAUGGACCUGGUGGAAGAGUUCAACACCAACCGCAAAGGACCAAAGGUGAUGCUGGUCUCUCUUUGUGCUGGGGGUGUGGGGCUCAACCUGAUUGGAGGGAACCACCUCUUUCUCAUUGACAUGCACUGGAACCCAGCCCUGGAGGACCAGGCCUGUGAUCGCAUCUACCGAGUAGGACAACGCAAAGACGUCACUAUCCACAGGUUUGUGUGCGAGGGCACUGUGGAAGAAAAGAUUUCCACCCUGCAGAAGAAGAAGAAGGAGCUGGCCCAGAAAGUUCUCUCCGGAACCGGAGCUUCCUUCACUAAGCUCUCCCUGGCUGACCUCAGAAUCAUCUUCGGUGUUUGACGAUACUUGGGUAUUUUACCCUGCACGAAAAAACAACCUUGCUAU